GGAAGUAUAAAACCAUAUUCCGAGUGCAUGUCGAAUAUGAUUGGCUCAGUACUGCUUACAGUUGCUGUAUUUAAAUAAUCGCAUACUGUUUACACGAGUCAAAUUAAGUUUCGGUAAAUUUGACCGGAUUAUUAGAUUGACUAAUUUAAUUAUUCGUUUUCAGUUGUAUGUACGUGUGUGAUACGGGUCAUAUUUACCAAUAAUACCAUGAAGAAGUACAUAGUUUGUGUGUCUCUGAAACUUGCAUUGAUUCUUUUAUAUUUGAAUACGCCCCUCGAUGGUGAAGAGUUUCCUACAGCUCUAACCUCUAAAGACUUGGAUGAUUUUAAUAAUGAUGAGGCUCACAAAGACUUGGAGGUGUUUCAUCCUACCAACAACUGGAAGGCAGUUAAACCAGGUCAAGCUGUUCCAGCAGGCUGCCACAUCAGAUUCAAUCUUCAGACAGGGCAAAACGAAGCUAAACUUGCAGAAGAGGAGGGUCUCAAGCAACAAAUGAUUAACAAGGAGACAUCUAUGUUCAUGGCUGAAGACAUAAAAAAGGCUCUGAAAAAGUUUAAGGGCUUUAAAGACUUUUCAGAAAAGGAUCAGGUUAAAAAGUCUCAGAGAGCUCAGUUUCGCUCAAUGGAUGAAUUAAAAAAAGACAUGGCAGCACUGGACAUACAAGUGGAAACAGAUGUUCAGAUAAUUACCAAACUGUUGUACCAACUCAACAACACCAACAGUACAGUGGACCAAAAGGUCACUGCUUUACUCGACCUAGAAUACUUGGUUCAUCAGGUGGAUAAUGCACAUAAUCUGGUGUCAAUGGGUGGAUUGAUAUUGGUAACUGAUACCUUAAAUGACACAAAUGAUAAACUUCAGGAAAGUGCGGCAUUUGUAUUAGGAGCAGCCGUUUCAAGUAACCCAUCUGUCCAGGUUAUGGCUUUGAAGUGUGGUACAUUACAAAAGUUACUCACUUUACUUGCUACCCCACAACCAUUGCCUAUUAAGAAAAAGGUGUUGUUUGCAUUAGCAUGUCUUUUGCAUCACUUCCCCUUUGCACAAAGGCAGUUUGUAAAGCUUGGGGGUUUGCAAGUGCUUCAUGAGCUGUUCCAGACACAUGGUGCUGAGACUCUACAUGUGAGAAUUAUUACAGUGCUGUAUGAUAUGAUUACUGAAAAGGAGCUUGUCUCACAAACUGGUGUUGAUCCAGUACUGGAUUCUAAUCAUCAGGAAAUUUUGGACCAGUAUGGUGAAGUCAUACUCCUCCCUAUGCUUGUAGAGCAGGGAUGGUGUAGCCUCGUGCCUGAGGUUCUGACCUAUCCAGAUCAUGACAGGAGGGAGAAAGCUUUGCUCACUCUUCUUGCCAUGGUUUCCCACUGUCAGCUGCACUAUCUGCAAAACCCUACUCUAAGCAUUUUACUUAGUGCCCUGCACAAGCAAUACCAAAAAAUGGCUUUCACAGAGAAGACCCAGGGAGAGGAAGAUGGCUACUUUGGAGAGAUCUUGGUUUUGGUGGACUCAUUGUUGAAAAUGCUCUAACUGCACAAUGAAAUAAAUUAAAAUAAAUGAAAUUACAAUUAGAAAUGUUGUAUAUGUGUACUAUUAAAGUCUAUAAAACAUUUGUACAUA